AUGGUGGAGCCAUACAGAGGUUGGAGAUUGUUCUUCGACGGAGCAGUCAAUUAUAAGGUUUUCGGAAUCGCAACAGUUCUAAUAUCAAAGAAUGUAAGACACUACCCAAUGGCUACAAAGCUCAAAUUUCGUUGUACCAACAACAUGGCUGAAUACGAAGCUUACAUUCUAGGCCUCAGGAUGGCACUGGAUAUGGAUAUAAAUGAAUUACUGGUCAUCGAAAAUUUUGACUUACUGAUCGACCAAGUAGAAAGAAAAUGGGCCACCAAAAAUGAUAAAAUCCUGCCAUAUGUAAAUUUGGCACAAAGGGUGUGCAAGAAAUUUAGAAAAAUUGAGUUCCAACAUACCCUAAGAGCUCAGAACGAAUUUGCCGAUGCAUUGGCCACAAUAGCAUCAAUGAUCCAACACCCCGAAAGUAGUCACAUUGACUCGCUGGAGAUAAGUCUGAAAGAAGAACAUGUCUACUGUUCCCACGUGGAAGUAGAACCAGAUGGCAAACCAUGGUAUAAUGAUAUCAAGACAUAUUUGGAGAAACAGGAAUAUCCCGAGGGCAUCACAAGUGGGAGAAAGAAAACCAUUAGGAGGAUGGCCAAUGGUUUCUUUCUAAACAAAGAAGUGUUGUAUAAACAAACGCUGGAUUUGGGUUUACUCCGAUGCAUGGACGCCAUAGAAGCCACAAAACUCUGA